AUGAUUUUUAAUGUAACGCAGUCAGCAAACUACGAUUUUCGGAACAGUAACGUUAAAAAUAUUUUUAGUGUUUGUGUACCGAUCACAACAACGAAUCAAAAAGUCUACAUUCGAGCAUUUGAUGGCAUAUCGGCUGCUAAAGGAUUUCACUAUUACCUUAAACACUGGCAAAAUAGAAGUAUAUAUUGGUAUAAUGAACCCAUAAAAAUGAACAAUCUCAUAAUUAAACCAAAUGUCAACAUAUCAUCAAAAUGUGAAAGUUCGUAUAUUUAUUAUCAGAAUGUGUGUGCAUGGGGCUACAGUUAUGUAUGGUGGAAUUGGACAACAUGGGUAAAACAUAUAGACUGGAUGGUAAUGAUGGGCAUAAGUCUAUCAAUAGCACCCAUACAAGAGGACAUUUGGUAUAACACGUAUAUGGAAAUGGGACUGACUGAAGACGAGAUCAACAAACAUUUCUCAGGGCCGGCCUUUUUACCAUGGUUACGAAUGGGUAAUAUCCACGGAUGGGCAGGACCAAUGCCAUCGUACUUCCGCAAAAUGCAAAUGUAUUUACAACAAAAUAUUAUUAGAAGACAGAGGGCGUUUGGAAUGAAAGUAGCAAUACCUGCUUUUUCCGGCUACGUUCCUGAAGCAAUGAAACGAAUUUUUCCAAAUGCUUCGUUUGUUAGAGCUGCGCCUUGGAAUAAGUUUAAAAAUGAUUACUGUUGCUCUUUAUUUGUUAAAUCGUUUGAUCCUUUAUUUCGCAAAAUUUCAGAUUUAUUUUUAAAAAAAACUAUAUCUGUUUACGGCACGGACCACAUUUAUUUUGCCGACCCAUUUAAUGAAAUGCAGCCCGAAAGUUCCGACCCGGCCUAUUUAAAAAUGACAGCUAAAUUUAUAUACAAUUCAAUGCGUGCUGUUGAUCGCCGUGCGGUUUGGCUACUACAAAGUUGGAUGUUCCUUAAUUAUACAUUUUGGGAAAAAUCACAAACAAAGGCAUUUUUAACGGCAGUGCCAAAAGGUGGUAUGCUAGUAUUGGACUUACAAAGUGAACAGUUUCCACAGUAUGAAAGAACGGAAUUUUUUUAUGGACACUCUUUUAUCUGGUGCAUGUUACACAAUUUUGGAGGAACUUUGGGGAUGCAUGGUUCAUCUGAAAAAGUAAACAAGAACAUUGGUAUAGCUCGCUUAGAAGCAAACGGAAAUAUGGUCGGGGUGGGCAUAACACCAGAGGGCAUUAACCAAAAUUAUGUUAUGUACGCUCUCGCUUUGGAAAGAGCUUGGGAAAAGAAUGAAUUUAACCUAACAACAUGGUUUACUCUUUAUUCUGAUGUAAGGUAUGGCGUUGCAAAUAAAAAUCUGCGAAGAGCAUGGCAGCUUUUAAGAACUUCGGUGUACUCCUAUAAUGGCAAGAAAAAACUUCAUGGCAAAUAUUUAAUUGCUAGGCGUCCAUCUCUACAUCUUAUUGAUCCUAUGUGGUACAACGUUUCAGAUAUUUACAAUGCAUGGUCAAACUUACUUCAAUCCAGUUAUUCAAUUCCUUGUGGUUAUCGCUAUGAAUAUGAACAUGAUUUAGUCGAUAUUACCAGGCAAUUUCUUCAGGUGAAGUUUGCCCAAAUAUAUAUCAAUAUGAUAAAUGCAUUUAAAAGAAAAGAGUAUGAUACGUUUGACAUUUUAAAAAAACUCAUGAUAUCAAUCUUAUUGGAUGUGGAACAUAUUUUAUCAACAAAUAAAGCUUUUUUACUCGGAAAGUGGAUUGAGGGUUCUCAUAGUUGGUCAGUUAAUGCAAAAGAAAAACAUAUACUGGAAUUUAACGCUCGCAACCAAAUAACUCUAUGGGGCCCACAUGGAGAAAUAGUAGAUUACGCAACCAAGCAAUGGUCGGGUGUAAUCCAAGAUUUAUUUUAUCCUCGAUGGAAAUUGUUUUUGGAUUACUUAAGUUACUGCCUAUAUAAAAACCAAACAUUCAACUCAAAUAUUAUUACCAACGAUAUAUAUAAUUUGGUUGAAAUCCCAUUCAAUUAUCAGCGCAAAAUGUAUCCAACGGAUUCGCGAGGAGAUGCCUAUCAAGCAUCGAAACAAAUUUUUAUGAAGUGGUAA